AUGCUCCAGCAUCUUCCGUUUGAUGAUGUGUACUUGCCGGAAUCUCUUUGGAAUCGUUGGUUUCUAUUGGCGGUUUGCGUCUUGGUUAGUGGACACUUUUCAAAUGGGGCCAAGAUCCUGGUACUUUUCCCUCAUGCCAGUGAGGGUCACUUUGCGGUUAUGCGAACUUUGGUAGCGGAAUUAGCCAGUCGGAAUAAUCAGGUUUUUGUCUAUACGGGUCACGGUUUAGGGGAAACGUUGGAAAAUGUCAACGAAACAGUUACGGCGGAGUAUCCUUUUUGGACUGAACUUCAAAAGGAAACGGUUCCCAAAGGAAAUCUUGCGGAUCUUGGCCAAAUACCCAUCGAGAAUCUUCGACAAGCCCUGGCCACAGUGGGAGCCAGAGCCCUUGAUCACUUCCUCGCCCAAGAACCCAUUCAGAAAUUGCUGAAAAUGUCCUACAUCGAGUUCGAUUUUGAUGUAAUUCUAGUGGAUUACUUUUACACGGAGGGACUUUUGGCCCUGGGACUUCUCCACCAGCGGCCAGUGGUGGGGAUUAUUUCCACAGACUUUGGAGGCUAUAUGGAUGCAGUGCAAGAAGCACUGGUGCCUUCAGCCUGUGCCCCUAUCGAUUUCGAGAACGAUGUGCCCCAGUUGGGGUUCAGCGAGAGGUUGGGCUAUAUUAGGAGAUGUAUUACACGAAGGAAGCAGUUCGACAAGGACCAUUAUGGAGCUCAGAAGCAGCUGGUAGCCAAGCACUUUAAGAUGCAGAACACCAUCCCGGAAUUGCAGGCCAACCAACUCUCGCUCUUGCUGCUCAACAGCCAUGUUCCACUGAUGACUCCACGGGUUAGCAUCCCGCAGAUUGUUCCCGCCGGAGGAUUGCACAUUCGUGGACCCAAGGAGCUACCUUGGAACAUAAAAAAAUUUCUGGACGAGGACCGACCAGGCACCAUCUACGUGCAGCUGGGAAAUGAGCAGCCUUGCGGACAGCUGCCCAAGGAAAAACUAAAGGCGCUUUUCUCAUUCUUCUCCGGCAGAAAGGAGGGCUUUAUCUGGACCUGUCACGAUGUGAAAACCUUGAAGGACUUGCCCAAGAAUGUGCUGAUCCAGCAUGCGGUUCCCCAGAUCGAUAUUCUGGCGUAUCCUUCUAUGAAAGCUUUUCUAACCAACGGGGAUCUGCUCAACCUGCAGGAAGGAAUCAUAAGGAACGUUCCCAUUCUGGGCUUGCCCCUUUUCCAGCAUGAAAAGAAGAACUUGGAGCUGGCAGUUCGCUUGGGCGUGGGCAUCCAGCUGGACGAGAAUAACGUCACGACUACCUCUCUGAACUGGGCGGUGGAUCGAUUGCUAAGGGAAUCACAUUUUCAACUAAAUAUCCGAGAGGUUUCCCAGGAGUACAGGGAUCGUCCCCUGGGUGCCUUAGCUAGUGCCCUGUUCUGGGUGAAUUACGUGGUGCGUCACAAGGGCGGAGCUGCGGUAAGAACCCGUGGCAUUGGGAUCUCUUCCAGCGAACUUCAUUUAUUCGAUUUGGUUGUCUUCUAUGGCAUCGUGGCUACCAUUGUGGUUGGUUUCUUAACGGCCCUGAGUAUUGGGGGCAUUUAUUUGUGGCAGAAAAAGAACAGUGCCAUAUUGUCAACUAAACAAAAAUAAGUCUUAAAUAUGUAAAUAAAGUGCCACCAAAGCUA